AAGAGAGAUUUUGCUGGUUUCUUUUCUUGUUUGUUUUGUUUAUUUUGUUCUAUAAUAUUACUGGUUUUAGGAUUUAGAAAAAAGACAUUAGCAAAGGCGAUGUAGUGGCAAUCAAAUCAUUGAUAUUCAAUAUUCAUCCACGUCUCUCAGAUAUUGAGAAUGACUCUGCGGCUUGUCUAUUGCCAAACUACUCCCUCGCUGGCUUCACCUUGCCGACAGCCCAACUGAUACACCUGAUAGAUGUGCACGGCAAAAGAUGAUGGACGACAAAGCUGACGAAGCUCCACAUGAUCUAAACGACUCUACGCGAAAAUUCCGGUGAUGAGGAACUAAAUAUGACUGCUACGCGUGUUAACGCGUCUAUCGACAGCGAUAUUAUCGACUCCGACUACGGCUCCGACGAUUCCUACACCGAGUCUGACUCCGACUCCGACGACGACCUUAACGACCUUAUUUGUAUGACCAUCAUCGCGUUGAUCGAAGAGCAGCGACAGGAGCAAGAACGCUAUGAUCAGGAGUUGGACGAAGACCUGACGGUCAUGUCAGCUGUAAUAGCGGUGCUGAGAGAAUACAUAGCCACUAAUGGGCGGUUUGAUCGGUCGGUGAGGAGCUCAGAGCUACGAGGGGCUGCGUAUGUUGAAGAUGUUCUGGAUGCAGAACGCGACGACUUUCACGAGAUCACGCGGAUGGAAAAGGACGCGUUUUCUGAUCUGGUUGGGAGGCUUGAACGGGAAGGUCUGAGAUCGACGAAGAAUAUGGAUAAUGCCGAGAUGCUCUUGAUCUUCUUGUCUGUUUUUGGUUCCGGGUGGUCAGUGGGAAUGGUAGCUGAGCGAUAUCGACGACGCGUGGGCACAGUACAUGAUGUGGUUCAUGCCGUUCUACUAGCAAUGGCAGAGAUCCCAAAGACUGAAAUCACUCUUCCAUCCCUCACCCCCAGCGACCGAUACCCGAACCUCUCCUCUGAUCUCCGCACACAUCCACCCCACCGCACCCUCGCGCUCUGCCCUCUCUGCUCUUCCCCUUCCAGCAGCGGUGCCGACAGCCUAGCGAGCUAACCGCGCGAAGCCGAGCUCACGUGACUAUUUGAGGGGUUGGCGAGCCCGGAAUAAUUUUGCGGACCGCGACGGCUGCGAUUGCGAGCUUUUGAGCAGCCUGUGCGGAGGGAGAGAUAGUAGAAGAUGUAAUUGACGUAGAAACAAGCAAUUGACGAAG